CGCUGCUCCCCGGGCCCUCGGGUGUUCAGCACACCCGGCGCUCCUGGGCAGGGCAUGAGCUCCAAGACCGGCUCUCGGCUGUUGACGCUCCAGCGACACCUGGACUGGCCGCGGCAAUUUGGAUCGCCCUUGCCCUCGCCUGCCCCUGGGCAGUCUGGCUGUUUAUUUACACCCAUCGCUAAAUGGACUGUAGAGUUGGGCCUGUACACAUUAGCCCUGAAGAGAUCACCCUGUCCCUCUCUGCUCAGGCCAGUGCCAUGGCCUCCCAGAGCAGCCCACUGACCACCCAUGUGCUAGACACUGCCUCAGGGAUCCCAGCCCGUGGCCUCUGCCUCCAGUUGUUCCGGCUUGAGGACCGUGGCCAGCAUUGGACCGAGCUAAGAAAAAGCUACACAGACCCGGAUGGACGCUGCCCCGGGCUCCUGACUCCGGGCCAGAUGAAGCCAGGCAUCUACAAGCUGUUCUUUGAUACUGAGAACUACUGGAAGGAGAGGGGGCAGGAGAGCUUUUACCCAUAUGUAGAGAUUGUGUUCACCGUUGCAAAGGAGACCCAGAAGUUCCAUGUGCCUCUGCUACUGAGCCCGUGGUCCUACACGACCUAUCGGGGGAGCUAGAGCAGAGUGUGACCUGAGGAAGGCCAUCUGCUGUCCCCCUCUGGCUGAGCCACCCACCCAACUCAACCGCAUGGGCUUUGCGCUCAUCAAGAGACACUGGGUUGGCCUGGGGAGAUGGCUUAGUGGUCAAGCGCUUGCCUGUGAAGCCUAAGGACCCCAGUUCAAGGCUCGAUCCCCCAGUACCCAUGUAAGCCAGAUGCACAAGGUGACACAGGUAUCUGGAGC